CGCUGUGAUUGGUCGCGGCUCCGCAGCGCCCCAUUGUCCCACCGACCCGUUUGUUCGCUCGGUUUCCUGCACGCAAACAAAACUUUCCUGCCGUCCCGGGCGGCUUUGUGCUGUGACGACCUGGAAUAUUGGAUCCCCCUCCACUGUUUCCGAGGAAAAGAACCAAAACGCAGAGUAUAUUUUGGAAGGAUGUACAGCUUCAUGGGAGGCGGCUUGUUCUGUGCCGGAGUCGGGAACAUACUCCUCAUCGUUUCCACGGCGACCGACUACUGGAUGCAGUACCGCCACUCCAGCAACUACAUGCACCAGGGCCUGUGGCGGUACUGUGUGCCUGGGAAGUGCAUGACGCACACCGACAGCAUCGCGUACUGGGACGCCACUCGGGCCUUCAUGAUCCUCUCCCUGCUGGCUUGUUUCAUCGGCAUCGUGAUCGGCAUCAUGGCCUUCAUCCACUACUCUUCCUUCGACGGGUUUGACAAGACGUUUGCAGCCGGGAUCCUCUUCUUCAUCUCCUGCUUCUUCGUGCUGCUGGCCAUGGCCGUCUACACGGGGGUGACGGUCAACUACUACGGGAAACGCUAUGGCAGCUGGCGAUUCUCCUGGUCCUACAUCAUGGGCUGGGUGGCGGUGGUGCUCACCUUUUUCUCAGGUAUCUUCUACAUGUGCGCCUACCGGAUGCACGAAUGCCCAAGGAACUCCAACUCGCGCUGAAGCGCUUCAGGAUCUGUAAGCGACGCCACGCGGCUGAAACGAACCAGUGUUGAUGUGAACCUUCCCAACAGCUUCCUGUGACUCGUCACAUUCAACGAUAAGCAAAAAUAAAGGAUUUAAAAAGUG